AUGCACGCCACAAUUAUGUGCCUGCCCUAUCGUCUGAUCUACUUAACAAUUUUGCUAAUUGCCUUAGCAGACGCUCGUCCGCAGCGCAACUUGCAGCACAUUGCGGUAGUGGAGAAUGCCGCCUGGGAGCAAACAUUGCCGCAACAAUUACAGAAUCCCUUUUAUAAGACGCCGCGUGUCCGCGACGCUCUAGCCAGAUCCAGUUGGUUUGGUCCCGGCGAACAGGUGGUUUUUGAACGCCAGGCGGAGAAAAUACCACGCAUGGAAAUCUAUAAUGUGCUCUCCCAUGCAGGUCUAAUACCAUAUCGCAAAUAUUUCUAA